AUGCCCAGGACUAGCUGGAGAGGAGGUACAUCUGUAAGAAAGAGGAGCACAGAGCUCUGGAGAUGCAGAACUACAUGGGCCUCGCCAGGAACACAGGCCAGUUCAACUGAUGUACAGUAUCUUAUUGUGUGUGAGGAGGUUGAGUUAAACAGUACAUGUCUGCCUGACUCACUGUCACGAUCGUUGAGAGAUGGGUCAGACCAAGGUGCAGCGUGGUAUGCGUACAUAUUUAUUAAUGACGAUAAACACUUGACAAAACAACAAAAGCAACGUAACGUGAAGCUCAAACAAUGGCUACACACUAACAAGCCAAACACGAGUCAAGAUCCCACAACUAAGGUAGGCAACAUGGCUACCUAAGUAUGAUCCCCAAUCAGAGACAACGAGCGACAGCUGCCUCUGAUUGGGAAUCACACCCGGCCAAACAUAGAAAUACACAUUCUAAACAUAGAAUCUAAUAACAUAGAUCUCAACCUGAACUCACACCCUGACCCAACCAACAAGAGUUCUCUAGGUCAGGGCGUGACACUCACACUAGGGCCAACCAGAACCGUACUGUGCUGGCUCGGCUGUUUUCUUUUCACGUAGACCUUUCCAGCACUUUUCCAACAACAAUGGUAGAUGUAUAACCAGGUCAGUACAGUACAGCUUGGCUUUGCACAGUUUUGCCCUAUAGUGUGAAUUAGGCAGUUCUGUCUGAAAGCAGAAACAGACUGACACCCAGGCUAGGUUUGUGUAGAAUUCAGCAUAAUGCCAGGGAUAUUUUAUGCAUAUUAUUGCUUAUUUUGUGUGUAUGAAGUAUCUUAGUCACUUUAAUAAUGUUUACAUAUCUUGCAUUACACAUUACACAUUUCAUAUGUAUAUACUGUAUUCUAUACCAUUCUACUGUAUCUUAGUCCAUGCCGCUAUGAUAUCGCUCGUCCAUAUAUGUAUAUAUUCUUAAUUAAUUCCUUACUUAGAUUUGUGUGUAUUGGGUAUAUGUUGUGAAAUUGUUAGAUAUCACUUGUUAGAUAUUACUGCACUGUCGGAGCUAGAAGCACAAGCAUUUCGCUACACCCGCAAUAACAUCUGCUAAACACAUGUAUGUGACCAAUAACAUUUGAUUUAAUUUGAUAUUCAGGAUAGGGAUGCACCUAGGGGACAUUAAAGGGCUGAUUCACAGGAACGUGUGUGAGCAACGCCUCUCCCCUCCCCUCCCCACUCAUCCUCCACCCCCACACCCCCGUCACUGUGUGGGGAGCCCAGUUCCCCGGGUCUGCUCACCCCCUCACCUCCACCACCCCUGCAUGAGGUAACGUAACACACUCACUCACUUACUUCCUGCAUCAACAUGUGUUCUGUGAAGCAGUAGUCCUGAUCCAUGUUAGAGGGGUUUGUGUGAGCAACAUGAGAAAUGGACGUUGACCAAUGCAGCAGUAGUCCUGAUGAACAGGGCUGCAUUUCAUUCCCAAAAGUUGCGUUCUCCCUUCUGCCACCGUUCACUCCCCCUCACAGAUCUGAUAGGACUGAGUAAGUGAAAGCAAUAUCAUGUAAACUAGGAGGAGCUAUUGACUAACCUAUCAACACAUCUGGGGAGGGGACAACUUGUUAGAGUGAAAUGCAGCCCAAGUCCUUGUUUUGUAAGUGGAUGCGUGUCUUGCUCUCUCAUUGAAUGACAAUCAUUUCCGUGGCUCAUGUUUUCACAGUGAGGACAGUCAGGACAUGCUAGCUGCUCAAAGUGUGUGUGUGUGUGUGUGUGUGUGCGUGUGUGUUGUCUAAUGAAUCUCUCUUUGGUCAGGGUCUCACGUUCCAGGAUCCAGGCCCCUGUUUUUAACACUGGGGGUUUGAGCCAGAGGAGAGGGAGGAAGAGCAGGAGUAUGAUGAAGAAGCCAGUGAGGUCCAUGGACAUGAUGGUUUAGACCAGCGCUGCGAUCUCACACCUGCUGACCCCCUACUGAACAGUACUGGACACAGCAGCGUCAGUCUACCGUACACAUCCCACUUCUUUGAGUUUCUCUAUAUGCCUUUUACAUUCUUCACUGUUUAGUGUUAAUCAUCUACAGUGGGGGAAAAAAGUAUUUAGUCAGCCACCAAUUGUGCAAGUUCUCCCACUUAAAAAGAUGAGAGAGGCCUGUAAUUUUCAUCAUAGGUACACGUCAACUAUGACAGACAAAAUGAGAAAAGAAAAUCCAGAAAAUCACAUUGUAGGAUUUUUAAUGAAUUUAUUUGCAAAUUAUGGUGGAAAAUAAGUAUUUGGUCACCUACAAACAAGCAAGAUUUCUGGCUCUCACAGACCUGUAACUUCUUCUUUAAGAGGCUCCUCUUCCUCCACUCGUUACCUGUAUUAAUGGCACCUGUUUGAACUUGUUAUCAGUAUGAAAGACACCUGUCCACAACCUCAAACAGUCACACUCCAAACUCCACUAUGGCCAAGACCAAAGAGCUGUCAAAGGACACCAGAAACAAAAUUGUAGACCUGCACCAGGCUGGGAAGACUGAAUCUGCAGUAGGUAAGCAGCUUGGUUUGAAGAAAUCAACUGUGGGAGCAAUUAUUAGUAAAUGGAAGACAUACAAGACCACUGAUAAUCUCCCUCGAUCUGGGGCUCCACGCAAGAUCUCACCCCGUGGGGUCAAAAUGAUCACAAGAACGGUGAGCAAAAAUCCCAGAACCACACGGGGGGACCUAGUGAAUGACCUGCAGAGAGACACACUACGCCGCCAGGGACUCAAAUCCUGCAGUGCCAGACGUGUCCCCCUGCUUAAGCCAGUACAUGUCCAGGCCCGUCUGAAGUUUGCUAGAGUGCAUUUGGAUGAUCCAGAAGAGGAUUGGGAGAAUGUCAUAUGGUCAGAUGAAACCAAAAUAUAACUUUUUGGUAAAAACUCAACUCGUCGUGUUUGGAGGACAAAGAAUGCUGAGUUGCAUCCAAAGAACACCAUACCUACUGUGAAGCAUGGGGGUGGAAACAUCAUGCUUUGGGGCUGUUUUUCUGCAAAGGGACCAGGACGACUGAUCCGUGUAAAGGAAAGAAUGAAUGGGGCCAUGUAUCGUGAGAUUUUGAGUGAAAACCUCCUUCCAUCAGCAAGGGCAUUGAAGAUGAAACGUGGCUGGGUCUUUCAGCAUGACAAUGAUCCCAAACACACCGCCCGGGCAACGAAGGUGUGGCUUCGUAAGAAGCAUUUCAAGGUCCUGGAGUGGCCUAGCCAGUCUCCAGAUCUCAACCCCAUAGAAAAUCUUUGGAGGGAGUUGAAAGUCUGUGUUGCCCAGCGACAGCCCCAAAACAUCACUGCUCUAGAGGAGAUCUGCAUGGAGGAAUGGGCCAAAAUAACAGCAACAGUGUGUGAAAACCUUGUGAAGACUUACAGAAAACAUUUGACCUGUGUCAUUGCCAACAAAGAGUAUAUAACAAAGUAUUGAGAAACUUUUGUUAUUGACCAAAUACUUAUUUUCCACCAUAAUUUGCAAAUAAAUUCAUUAAAAAUCCUACAAUGUGAUUUUCUGGAUUUGUUUUCCUCAUUUUGUCUGUCAUAGUUGACGUGUACCUAUGAUGAAAAUUACAGGCCUCUCUCAUCUUUUUAAGUGGGAGAACUUGCACAAUUGUUGGCUGACUAAAUACUUUUUUUCCCCACUGUACAUUCCUGUAAUACUACACUGUGUACCAUUUACAUACUUGUUUUUAUGCCUCAUGGCCCUAAGUAGAAAUCCUGUCUAGGGGAGUGAUAUUAUCUCUAUUUUCCAUGACAUUGACAUGAAUCGCAAGUUACUGUACAUUCAGAUAUUCUGAUAAUCAUCUGUGGACCGUUGAUGGAUGAUGUAAGUGGAUAGUAUGUGCAUGCUUGUAUGCCCCUGUCCACACGUGUGUGUGUGUGUGUGCAUGCGUGCGUGUGUGUCCGUGCGUGUGCGUUCACACGUGUACAUGUUCAUGUGUGCUGAUAGCAGGCAUGCUCCCGGCCCUCCCAUGGGAGAUUUUGUUACAUCCAGGUACAGAGGUAGUGGUGGGUUUCGUAAAGAGUAGGAAAAGUUUGUUUUAGUCUCUGUGUUUCUCUCUGUUCCCCCUGAGGCUUUCACAAGCUCUCUGGAGAAACAUCACCAACACAGAGGAAGAGGAGGAGGAAGAAGAGGAGAGGAGCUCGGGUUUAUCUGAGGGGAUAGCUCAUGAUAGGGUUCUGGAGUAUUUGGCUCGCCAGAACCCGGUAUCGCAAGAUAUCCUUUCCCCCUUCUGAUAACCAGGUGGCGAAUCGCAUCUCUGCAUGUCUGGCAGACAUAUCAGUAUGGAUGACGGAUCACCACCUCAAGCUGAACCCUGGCAAGACGGAGCUGCUCUUCCUCCCGGGGAAGGACUGCCCGUUCCAUGAUCUCGCCAUCACGGUUGACAACUCCGUUGUGUCCUCCUCCCAGAGUGCGAAGAGCCUUGGCGUGACCCUGGACAACACCCUGUCGUUCUCCGCUAACAUCAAGGCGGUGACCCGCUCCUGCAGGUUCAUGCUCUACAACAUUCGGAGAGUACGACCCUGCCUUACACAGGAAGCGGCACAGGUCCUAAUCCAGGCACUUGUCAUCUCCCGUCUGGAUUACUGCAACUCGCUGUUGGCUGGCCUCCCUGCCUGUGCCAUUAAACCCCUACAACUCAUCCAGAAUGCCGCAGCCCGUCUGGUGUUCAACCUUCCCAAGUUCUCUCACGUCACCCCCCUCCUCCGCACACUCCACUGGCUUCCAGUUGAAGCUCGCAUCCGUUACAAGACCAUGGUGCUUGCCUAUGGAGCAGUGAGGGGAACGGCACCUCUGUACCUUCGGGCUCUGAUCAGUCCCUACACCCAAACGAGGGCAUUGCGUUCAUCCACCUCUGGCCUGCUGGCUCCCCUUCCUCUGCGGAAGCAUAGUUCCCGCUCAGCCCAGUCAAAACUGUUCGCUGCUCUGGCACCCCAAUGGUGGAACAAGCUCCCUCACGACGCCAGGACAGCGGAGUCACUCACCACCUUCCGGAGACAUUUGAAACCCCACCUCUUUAAGGAAUACCUGGGAUAGGAUAAAGUAAUCCUUCUACCCCCCCCCCAAAAAAAAUGUGUAAAGUGGUUAUCCCACUGGCUAUAGGGUGAAUGCACCAAUUUGUGAGUCGCUCUGGAUAAGAGCAUCUGCUAAAUGACGUAAAUGUGCCCUUGAGCAAGGCACUUAACCCUAAUUGCUCCUGUAAGUCGCUCUGGAUAAGAGCGUCUGCUAAAUGACUAAAAUGUAAAAAAUGUAAAUGUAAUAGACUAUGGACGCCUGACAGGUUAGUGUUUUGGUAUUUCAGUGUACUGGACUAGCUAAGUAAACAAGCUAACCAAUUCAAUAUUCACCUCAACACUUCCCUCUUUUGUCUAUAAUGUAUCACGUGUGCAUAAUGAACGAACCACACAACUAAUCCCCACAGCUGUGGUUAUAUGGUGUGGUGAUUUCAUCAAUACAAUAGUAAGACAUGAUGCACUGUCUCUAUCUAAGUCCUAUUGCACAACUGACAUGCUACAUAUGAAAGGUGUACGAUUUGGUAAAGUAUUUCCAAAUGAACAUCUAAAACGUGGAUUUAGACAAUGUCUUCAUCCUGGUAUUGUGUUGUUGUUGUUGUUGUUGUUACUGUAGCCUGCAGCAGAGUCCCCUGAACCCAGACAGUGAGUGUAAUCUGGGAGGUAGUGGGAGUCUGACUUGUCUCCUGCUCCUCUGAUGUUAUGACCAGUCCCAGACCCUCACCACAUCCCAGGUUAGUGACAAUACAUUUACUAAUUCCCUAACUGGCACAGAUGGCUGUACUAUGGGUAAUACAGCUUACUACUUCCUGAGUGUUGGAAGUGACGCUGAUGUUUGGGGUUCUUUCUGGGAUGUAGAGGAUGGUGACUCCUGAAACAGACAGUGGGUUUGGGAGCUCUGAUUUGAGUCGUCCAGCCACAGGACUUUCCCAACCAAAACUUGAUACAGAAAGGUCCAGGUACAUACAUACCUGGAGUGAGACAAGCUAUCUGAGUGGACAGGAAUGUGUUAAUAAUUCAACUGGGUGAAAUUCAUGUUAUUGUUUUUAUCACCCAUCCUCAGGCUCCAGUUCCAGUGUGAUGGGACCGCCAGUCCUGUGAGUGACAGUGAAGGCUCCUGCUCCAGUGUGAUGGGACCGCCAGUCCUGUGAGUGACAGUGAAGGCUCCUGCUCCAAUGUGAUGGGACCGCCAGUCCUGUGAGUGACAGUGAAGGCUCCUGCUCCAGUGUGAUGAGACCGCCAGUCCUGUGAGUGACAGUGAAGGCUCCUGCUCCAGUGUGAUGGGACCGCCAGUCCUGUGAGUGACAGUGAAGGCUCCUGCUCCAGUGUGAUGGGACCGCCAGUCCUGUGAGUGACAGUGAAGGCUCCUGCUCCAGUGUGAUGGGACCGCCAGUCCUGUGAGUGACAGUGAAGGCUCCUGCUCCAGUGUGAUGGGACCGCCAGUCCUGUGAGUGACAGUGAAGGCUCCUGCUCCAGUGUGAUGGGACCGCCAGUCCUGUGAGUGACAGUGAAGGCUCCUGCUCCAGUGUGAUGGGACCGCCAGUCCUGUGAGUGACAGUGAAGGCUCCUGCUCCAGUGUGAUGGGACCGCCAGUCCUGUGAGUGACAGUGAAGGCUCCUGCUCCAGUGUGAUGGGACCGCCAGUCCUGUGAGUGACAGUGAAGGCUCCUGCUCCAGUGUGAUGGGACCGCCAGUCCUGUGAGUGACAGUGAAGGCUCCUGCUCCAGUGUGAUGGGACCGCCAGUCCUGUGAGUAUGAGUGACAGUGAAGGCUCCUGCUCCAACCUGCAGACAACGGUCCAUGCAGCUGGGGAUAUUGGAGAGAGGAGACCCAGCCUGCAGAUGCCUCUUUAG